UAGGGCGGGAACCCAAAAUAUUCACCCAAAGCCAAACUAAACACACACACACACGCUCCUCUCUCUUAGGGUUUUGCUUUGAUUUUGAAUUUUCAAAUUCACUCUCUCUGUGUUCUCAAUCUCCAGGUUUCUCCCAGCGAAGAUGAAUCUUCGCAAAGGCUCUAAAGUAUGGGUGGACGACCGGAAUUUGGCUUGGAUUGCCGCCGAAAUCACUGAUUUUGUAGGCAAGCAAGUCCAAGUUGUAACUGCUUCUGGUAAAAAGAUUUUAACUUCUCCGGAGAAGCUGUUUCUGAGAGAUGCGGAUGAAGAUGAGGAACUUGGAGGAGUUGAUGAUAUGACAAAGUUGACGUAUUUGAAUGAACCUGGAGUGCUUUACAAUCUUGAGAGAAGAUAUGCUCUUAAUGAUAUUUAUACUUACACAGGAAGCAUUUUGAUAGCUGUCAAUCCAUUCACAAAGCUUCCUCACCUAUACAAUGCACAUAUGAUGGAGCAGUAUAAAGGAGCUCCUUUUGGUGAGCUAAGCCCCCAUGUUUUUGCUGUAGCUGAUGCAUCAUACAGAGCAAUGAUGAAUGAUGGUCAAAGUCAAUCAAUUUUGGUAAGUGGAGAAAGUGGGGCUGGGAAAACUGAGACAACAAAACUGAUUAUGCAGUAUCUGACAUAUGUUGGUGGCCGAGCUGCAGGUGAUGACAGAACUGUUGAGCAACAAGUUCUUGAGUCAAAUCCUCUCUUGGAGGCCUUUGGCAAUGCAAGGACUGUUAGAAAUGACAAUUCAAGCCGUUUUGGCAAGUUUGUUGAGAUCCAGUUUGAUGCAAGUGGUAGAAUAUCUGGUGCUGCAAUCAGAACUUACCUUUUGGAGAGGUCCCGUGUAGUUCAAAUAACAGAUCCAGAAAGGAAUUAUCAUUGUUUUUAUCAGUUAUGUGCAUCUGGGAGGGAUUCUGAGAAGUACAAACUUGAUCACCCAAGUCACUUUCACUAUUUAAAUCAAAGUAAGAUUUAUGAACUAGAUGGUGUAAGCAGCGCAGAGGAAUACAUGAAGACAAGGAGAGCAAUGGAUAUUGUUGGUAUAAGUCAUGAGGAUCAGGAAGCUAUUUUUCGGAUCUUAGCUGCAAUUCUACAUCUGGGUAACAUUGAAUUUUCUCCUGGCAAAGAGCAUGAUUCUUCUGCUGUAAAGGAUCAGAAAUCUAGUUUUCAUAUGCAGACGGCUGCUGAUCUUUUAAUGUUGGAUGUGAACCUCUUGGUGGCUACACUUUGUACUCGUACAAUUCAAACGCGCGAAGGAAGUAUUGUUAAAUUUCUUGACUGUAAUGCUGCUAUUGCUAGUCGAGAUGCAUUAGCUAAGACUAUUUAUGCUCGUCUAUUUGACUGGCUUGUUGAAAAGAUCAAUAAAUCUGUUGGGCAAGAUCUGAACUCUCAAAUUCAAAUUGGAGUUUUGGACAUUUAUGGCUUUGAAUGCUUUAAAUAUAAUAGUUUUGAACAAUUUUGCAUUAAUUUUGCAAAUGAAAAGCUUCAGCAACAUUUCAAUGAGCAUGUAUUCAAGAUGGAGCAGGAGGAGUAUAGUAAAGAAGAGAUUAAUUGGAGCUAUAUUGAGUUUAUAGACAAUCAAGAUGUGUUAGAUCUGAUAGAGAAGAAACCCAUCGGGAUUAUUGCUCUCCUGGAUGAAGCUUGCAUGUUUCCAAAAUCAACGCAUGAAACAUUUUCAACCAAGCUCUUUCAGAACUUUCGAGCCCACCCAAGGUUGGAAAAAGCUAAAUUUUCGGAAACAGAUUUUACCAUUUCCCAUUAUGCUGGAAAGGUUACCUAUCAAACGGAUACAUUUUUAGAAAAAAAUCGUGAUUAUGUUGUGGUAGAACAUUGCAAUUUAUUGUCUUCCUCCAAAUGCCCCUUUGUUGCUGGUCUUUUCCCUUUGCCACCAGAAGAAUCUUCAAGAUCAUCAUAUAAGUUUUCCUCUGUCGCAUCUAGAUUUAAGCAACAAUUGCAAGCACUCAUGGAAACUCUCAACUUGACAGAGCCUCAUUAUAUACGCUGUGUGAAGCCAAAUUCUCUAAAUCGACCUCAAAAAUUUGAGAAUCCGAGUGUUUUACAUCAAUUACGCUGUGGGGGUGUUCUGGAGGCAGUUCGGAUAAGUCUGGCAGGUUAUCCUACUCGAAGGACUUAUUCUGAGUUUGUGGAUCGCUUUGGAAUAUUAGCUCUUGAAUUUAUGGAUGGAAGUUAUGAUGAAAAUGCUCUAACAGAGAAAAUCCUGCAAAAGUUAAAACUUCAAAACUUUCAGAUGGGAAAGACAAAGGUGUUUCUUAGGGCUGGUCAGAUUGGUAUUUUAGAUUCUAGACGUGCUGAGGUUCUGGACAAUUCUGCAAAGUGUAUCCAACAUCAAUGGCGAACAUUUAUUGCUCGUAGGAGUUUUGUUUCAAUCCGUGCUGCUGCAUUGUCCCUCCAGGCAUACUGCCGAGGAUGCAUGGCACGAAAAUUGUUUGCUGCAAAAAGAGAGAAAGCAGCCGCUAUUUCAAUACAGAAAUAUGUCCGCAUGUGGCUUUUAAAGAAUGCUUACACAAAACUAUCUUUGGCGGCUCUUGUUAUACAGUCCAAUAUCCGUGGCUUCUCAACUCGCCAAAAAUUUGUGCAUGGGAAGAAACAUAAAGCUGCCACUCUUAUUCAGGCUCAUUGGAGGAUGUGCAAGUUCCGCACUGCUUUCCGACACCGUCAAACUUAUAUUAUUGCAAUACAAUGCCGGUGGAGGCAGAAGCUGGCAAAAAGAGAGCUUCAGAGGCUUAAGAAAGAGGCUAAUGAAACUGGUGCAUUGCGAUUGGCUAAGAAUAAACUUGAGAAGCAGUUGGAAGAUCUUACAUGGCGGUUACAGUUAGAAAAGAGAUUGCGGGUUUCUAAUGAGGAGGCCAAGUCAAUUGAAAUUUCUAAACUUCAAAAAUUGUUGGAAUCUUUGAAACUUGAGUUAGAUGCAGCUAAGUUGGCAACAAUUAAUGAAUGCAACAAAAAUGCUGUGCUGCAAAAUCAAUUGGAAUUAUCAAUGAAGGAGAAAUCUGCCAUAGAAAGGGAACUUGUUGCAAUGGCUGAUUUUAGAAAGGAAAAUGCAUUAUUGAAGACUUCUUUUAGUACCUUGGAAAAGAAGAACUCUGCUCUUGAGCUUGAGCUUAUCAAAGCACAAAAAGAUAACAGUGAUACCAUCAACAAGCUGAGGGAAUUUGAAAAAAAAUUUUCUGAGCUCCAACAGAAUAUGCAAAGUCUUGAGGAGAAGCUCUCACGUUUGGAGGAUGAGAAUCAUGUAUUGCGGCAAAAAGCAUUGGGUGCAUCACCUAGAGCCAACCGUCUUGGUCUUGCAAAGGCAUUUUCAGAUAAAUACUCAGGGGGGCUUUCUAUUUCUCAUGUUGACCGGAAGCCUGCAUUUGAGUCUCCCACACCUUCAAAAGUUAUACCUUUCACUCAUAGCUUGUCAGAGUCACGACGACCUAAAUUAACAGCUGAGAGGCAUCAGGAGAACUAUGAAUUCCUCUCUCGGUGUAUCAAAGAAAAUUUAGGGUUUAACAAUGGCAAGCCACUUGCAGCCUGUAUCAUAUACAAAUGUCUUGUUCACUGGCAAGCCUUUGACUCUGAGAGGACUGCUAUCUUUGACUAUAUUAUUGAGGGUAUCAAUGAAGUUCUGAAGGUUGGGGAUGAGAAUAUCAUCUUACCCUAUUGGCUAUCCAAUGCAUCAGCACUUCUAUGCCUCCUGCAAAGGAAUUUACGGUCAAAUGGCUUUUUAAAUGCAACUGCUCAACGUACUGCAGGCUCUGGUAGCUUACCCGGAAGGGUUGCAUUUAGCUUAAAAUCUCCUUUUAAAUAUAUUGGAUAUGGGGAUGUUAUGUCACAUCUUGAGGCAAGAUAUCCUGCUAUACUCUUCAAACAACAACUAACUGCUUGUGUAGAGAAGAUCUUUGGUCUGAUUCGUGAUAAUUUGAAGAAAGAAUUGUCUCCGCUCUUGGGAUCAUGCAUUCAGGUGCCCAAAACUUCUCGAGUACAUGCUGGAAAAUUGUCUAGAUCUCCAGGUGGUAUUCAGCAGCAAACACAAGUUAGUCAAUGGGACAGCAUCAUCCAAUUUUUGGAUGCUCUUAUGGGUCGUUUGCGUGAGAAUCAUGUACCCUCUUUUUUCAUCCGAAAGCUCAUUACCCAGGUUUUCUCUUUCAUCAACAUAUCACUUUUCAACAGCCUUCUGCUGCGUCGUGAGUGUUGCACAUUUUCGAAUGGGGAAUAUGUGAAAUCUGGUCUGGCAGAACUUGAGAAAUGGAUUGUUAAUGCAACAGAGGAGUAUGCAGGAACCUCAUGGCAUGAGCUAAAUUAUAUAAGACAAGCGGUUGGGUUUCUGGUAAUACAUCAGAAAAGAAAAAAGUCUUUGGAAGAGAUUAGGCAGGAUCUGUGUCCGACAUUGACAGUUAGGCAGAUCUAUCGAAUAAGCACUAUGUACUGGGAUGACAAAUAUGGCACCCAGAGUGUGUCAAAUGAGGUUGUUGCUCAAAUGAGGGAGAUUUUGAACAAGGACAAUCAGAAUCUAACCUCAAACUCAUUUUUGCUGGAUGAUGAUCUAAGCAUACCAUUCUCGACUGAAGACAUAGAUAUGGCGAUUGCUGUUAUAGAUCCUUCAGAUAUCGAAGUUCCAACAUUUUUAUCUGAAUAUCCCUGUGCACAAUUUUUGAUACAGCUUCAAAAGUAAAUGAUGUAGCACUUUGUUCGAAAGAAUGGAAACGUAAGGACCAGCUCCAUGUGAAGAUUAAAGCCUUACUAUGAAUUAAAAAUCAUGGCUUUAUGAUUAUUUUACUUGUAGAAGGCCCGGGUGAAUUUUGGGACGACUAGAAAAUUGUUAGGUGACUAAUUUGUUUGUAUAAAGAAAUACCUAGGCAAUGGAAGACUUGAAGUGUAUCGUCUGGGAACAAGUACAUUACCCCUAAAUUCUUCUAGGUUCAGCCAUUAGUUGUGAUUCGUAUAGAUUGGUGCUCAUCCUUGCCCCUGUGUAUAAAUAUUCUUCAACUACGCAAUUGUAUUAAGAUGCUGUCUCCAACCUCCUUUUUUAACUCCUGCAACAGAGUUGCCUUCUGGGUUCCUGGUUUAGAUGAUAUGUAAUUAUUUAUUAUGUUUUGUAGGUCAUAUUUUACACCAAAAUCCAUCUACGCACUUUUGGAUUCUCGGUUUGUCACAGUUAGAGCUGAAUUUGAAAGUUUGAGCUUGGUUUAAUUUGAAUAGAGUCAAGUUCAAGUUUGAA